AUGGCCUUCACCUGCGAUCCCAAGGACCCUCGAGCACCAGAAUCCCUCAAGCGAGUCUGUCGGAACCUGCGCUGGAUCCCGUUCGUCUUCAUCCUGACCCUCAUCGCAUUCGCCUAUCUCACCGUCACCAUCUCCCUAGCUCUUCGCUAUCACCUCGCACGCAAAGGCGAAUGGUUCUCGGCCCUGCUCGAGCUGCUCUUCUCCACCACUUUGGCAGGUGGAGCGAUAUGGGGCUUCGUCGUUGCGGUAUUCAAGGACCCCGGUUCGCCGAAGGGUCGUGCUGGGGAUAGGGAGAGCUGGGCUGCCACCUCCGCGGCCGGUGCUUAUGCGCUAGAAGGGGAAGGGGAGGCGGAGGAAGCACAGUCGCUUAUGCGUGGUCAUCACAGCGAAGUGGACCACGAGGGCCAGGGUGACCGAGCGGCAUUGUUCAACGUACCCAUCCCCGGUCAGCCGCAGUACCCUGCUCGAUCCGGGCGGCAGCAGCUCGAUGACCUCCAACGCUUGCAAUCCCACAUCCCGAGUUCAGACAGUACCGCGGUGCAACGACGGUCCAACAUUUGGGUCAAGUCCUCCGGCGAGUCACGAUGGUGCAACAAGUGCGAUGCGCCCAAACCGGACCGCGCACACCACUGCAGCUCCUGCAAACGCUGCGUUCUCCGCAUGGACCACCACUGCCCCUGGCUCGCCAAUCGCUGCGUAGGGCUUCGCAACCACAAGGCUUUUUUCCUCUUCAUCAGCUAUACUGCGCUCUUCUGCGUCUAUUGCUGCCAAGAGACCGCCCGGGCGCUCCUGCGGUACGUCGAGUAUGAGAACAACGGCUUUGAAGGCAGUCCCAUCUCGUGGGCUGUAGUUAUGUUUUUAGGGUUCAUCUUUGGUGCAAGCCUGGUCCCGUUCGCAGGAUACCAUGCUUGGUUGAUCUGCAAGAACAGGACGACGAUCGAAAGCAUGGAAGGAUCUGGCAGGAUCAGGCUGCGCGUGAAGAGGGACCACGCUAGGCCGAGAGUGGAAGAUCGACUCAGGGGUAUCGUAAGGUCUUCGUUGGAUGCACAAGAUCGCUACGGUAACGGUCACGCUCGCAGUGGCGGUAGAGACGGAGGUGGAAACAAAGGCGGUUGGCGAUCCGACGAGCAUCUUACAAGAGACGAACGACGAGCACUGAAAAAGGCGAGCAAGCUCAACGUCUACGACGUGGGCUCUUCAGGCAACUGGCGCCAGGUGAUGGGGGACAAGUGGUAUCUUUGGUUUGUACCCGUCGGCGACCCUCUGUCGGACGGGUUCGGCUUUCUGGUCCAAACACGCACGCUGCAAAAGUUGGAAGAGAUCACCGCUUCCAUCCGCGUCCGCGAUGAACAGCGCUCUGCACUCGAUCGCCGAAGGCAUCCAGCAGAAGACUACCGGGAGGAGGAAGAGGAGGACGAGGACGACUCGGUGUAUGGUGACGCUGCAUCGGCGACUCGAUUUGGGUACGCUGAAGGCUCGAGCAGGCAAGAAGGGUCUGAAACGCAGCGCGAGACAGGACUGGAAAGACAGCCAGGGCACAAGUUCAAAGGUGCACACGGGCAGAUGGAGUGGGGCGAAGCGCCGAAGAAGAGCUUUGUGCUGUUUGGCGUGGAGGACGAGGACGAGAAUGCCUAG